AUGACCUCGGACGGUAGCGGAGCAACGACGCCCCAUCUGGGGGCUCAAAAGAGGCAUGGAGAGUCCAUUGACGCCGAUCGACCCCGCCAGAUCCCCCGGCAAUCGGGGCCCGAGGAAGGUGCGAUGCAGGGCGAUGUGAAGCUCGAAGCCAUUGGAGAAGCCGGACCAGGACCGCAGACGGCGCGCCGCCGCUCACUUGGACCAGUGCCGCAACCAAGUCCCACAGUCUUCCAUCGUAUCAUGGAGCAGCGAGCUGGUGCCGGCGCGAGCACGCAGGCCAGCGACAUCGGCUCGUUCUCGAGCCCGCCGGAUCAGGCCGAGCCGGAAGUGAAGGGAGAGUUGCGAGUUGUGGACGGAGAGGAAGCGUACGUCGCUCCCGACAGCGAUAGCGACAGCACGCAGUCGAUGGGUCUCAGCUCUGUUCAGCAGUCGCAACACACGUGCGCGUACGCAGGCUGCUCAGACGCAUUUGAAUCGGCGGAGGAGCUGGCGUCGCACAUACGAGCGCACGCGGACACGAUAGCUGCGCCGCAAACAGGGAAGGAAGCGGAGCUUGAGGAGCGGAUAUCGGCGCUGGAGGCGCAGGUGCGGGAGAAGGACGUCGAGAUCGGACGACAGGCGGCUUACAUUGCCGACCUGGAGCGGGAUCCGCCGGAGAUUCUCUCCCUGCCGACGCAAGACACCCCCGAGGCAGAAAUCCACGCGCUGAAGAAGAAGCUCAAGUCCUCGCAGCUGGCGCUGAAGAGUACGCGCUCUGAUCUCUCCUUCUUCCGGGAUCAGUAUCAGACCGCAUCGACGAGCGCCGUCGCCGAGGUCGCCCGCGCGGACAAGCUCGCCUCGCAAGUCACGAGGCUAAAGGAGCAGCUCUCGCUGGGCCUGAAGCAGCGCAAUCUGCACUUCCAGGCGACGCUGGCUGCGCACGCCAAGUCGGAGGAGAAGGCGAAGUACCAGCUGAACCUGCUGCUUGCGCAGAGCCGGCGCACGGACGACCGCAUUCGCCACCGAGCAGCGCAGCACGAGCGCCUCGUAAAGGAGAACCGGACGUACGAGACGGAGCUGCACGAGGCUCGCUCCCGCGCCGACACGCUGCAGAAGCGAAACAACGAGCUACUCGACCAGGUCGCAACGCUCCGCGGUCGGCUCAUGGGCGCGUUCGACAGCGUCUCUAACAGCGCUAGCGACAGUGACGCAGAGGGCGAGCGGGAGAAUGGGGGCUUCCACAAGUUUGACGCGCAGGAGGCGAAGCUCGGUAUGCCGGCGCUCACACCUACUGCGGCGCGGCCACUGACACCUGUCGUCCAGGACGUGAUGCUCGGCGCAUCACCGGCGGCUGGAACGCAGCAGACCGAGCUCAUGUUCAAGUGCAAGUGGGAGAACUGUGCAGCCAUCUUUGCCCUUCGGCCAGAACUCGAGGCGCACGCACUGGCGCACGUUCAGACUGAGCUGGACCAGUAG